UUGUGUAUAUUACAGCGAACCAAGUCUUGGGUAUAGGGAAUUUAUAUUUUUACUUCAUAAUGCGACCACGCACUGUUAAAAACUCAACUCAAAAAAAAAAGAAAUCGGAAUCGCAUUUAGAUAAUAUUGAGGAUUCAUAUGACGAGAAUGCAUUUCGAACACCGGAUCGUGAAAAUGAAACUGACUACGGAUUGGAAUUUACUACAAGCCGUUUGGCUGAAGUGAACACAUCUCCACGUCGAUGCUCUACGCUCCGCAAAAACGUUCCAAAAGACCGUCGUCGAGAUAUAGACAGAUCCGAAGACAGCAGUGAUUCAGAGAAUCAGCCACCGGCAAUAACGGCAAUACGACACACACCCCGAAAGGUGCCGCUACAAACAUCCGCAGCGAGUAAGAAUAGCCAACGUCAGGCGCCACUAGCAUCAAGGCCUGCCUCAAGACGCAAACAAAAUAAACCGGAGGGUCGUAUGAAAAAAUUGCACCGUGAGAUUGAACGUUUACAAAAGAAUGAAGGUUUUAUGAUACCGCGUUUACCUUUUUCGCGUUUGGUGCGCGAAAUUAUGAUGGAACAUACUUUAACGCCCUUUAUGAUAACUAUGAGCGCCCUGGAGGCUAUACAGACCGCGACAGAAAUGUACUUAACCCAGCGCUUCCAGGAUGCUUACUUACUGACCCAGUAUCGCAGCCGUGUAACGUUAGAGGUGCGCGACAUGGCGUUGGUGGCAUAUUUCUGCAAAACCUAUGGUAAUCUUUGAGAUGCAUCAUUCAUAAUUAUACAUAUGUGUAUCAAUCAUAAUCAUAGGUAAUAAAUAAAACAUACAACCUUAUAAAAUCAGUGAUAUCUCAAUCACCUUUUGAA